UUGAUUGACAAAAUUAGAAAUAUUGUAAAAUUUAUAAAAAAUAGUGUUAAUGCUAAUGAUGAAUUAAGGAGUAUUAAAAAAAAUGAUGGUUUACCAGAAGGAAAAGUGUUAAAAUUAAUAUUGGACAUCAAGACUCGUUGGAAUAGUUUAUAUUAUAUGAUAGAUUUUUACAUUUGUAUCGUGUUGUUUCUUCUAUUUUAUUAGAAAGGCCAAAUGCAUCUGAUUUAAUAACAACUAGAGAAAUAUUGAUUGUCAAAGAAGUUAAAAAUUUGAUGCAACCACUUGAAGACUUGACAAAAAAAAUCUCUGGUGAAAAAUAUACCACAAUUAGUACAAUUUUACCAUUGAUUAAUUGUAUCAAUAGUGCGGUGAAUAAUUGUCAAACUACAUUUUUAAUUGGUAUUGAAUUAAAAAAAAAAAUAUUAUUUGAACUUGACAAGCGUUUUAAGAAUCUAGAAAUAUUCAAUGAUUUUCCUCUAGCUACAUUACUAGACCCCAGAUUCAAGAAUCUUCAUUUCAAAGACCCUGUUCACUGCCAAAAAGCUAUUGAAGUUGUAAAAAAUAUGUUGAUACAAAAAAAAAACUCUGAAUGUGUACAUUGUUUUGAACCUACUCCAUCAAAUGAAUUUGUAGAUAAAAAAUUAGAUUCAUUUGAUCUUUGGUCAUAUCAUACUUCAGUAUCAACCAUUCAGGUUCAGAAUAAAACAACUCCAAUGUAUCAAGAGUUGUAUGAUUAUUUGGGAAAGCCUGUAGAAAAAAUAGACACUAAACCCCUUGAAGCUUGGGAAUACAUUAAAUCGUUAUACCCAAACUUAUAUUACAUUGCUUGUCAAAAAUUAAGUAUUGUUGGUACCUCUGUUUCAUCAAAACGCUUAUUUUCCAAAACUGGUCAAACAAUAUCCAAGGCAAGAAACAGAUUAACAGGGAAACAUUUAUCUAAGCUUGUCUUCAUGAGCUCUUUAAGUGAAGCAGAUUGGUUUUCAAAAGUCUUAUAA